AUGGCACGACUGAACGAACUUCCAGGCCCAGCUGAAUCUAUAGAGGCUCUCAAGAGACGUUUUAUACGUCAGAACCGUGAAAUUGCAAGAGUCAACUCCCUCCAAUCAUUGCGAAUCCAGGGUCUAGAAACCGAACUAUCUCAUCUACUCAAAGAAAACGCCGCGCUCAAGGAACAAGUGAUUUCAUUACAACAUGAUGCCGAAAAGUACGAAGCUGGCAGAGCUUUCCACAAGGACAUUUAUCAAUGCAAGGAUAAAUUGGCAGCCAAGGUAGCAGAAUUGAACAAUUUAGUCAACGAGUUAGGCUUGCUCCCUGCGAACUUUCAGAAGAAGACCGCACAUCUCGAGUCGGCAGGCGAAAGCCAACGCUCGUCUGACCCCAACCGGAGACCAAUAACAUGGAACGACAAUGACGACAGGCUACCGACCAUUCUGGAAGAUAAAUACUUCCCACGACGCACUCUCGAUCCACAGGAACUUGCAGAACAACAGGACAUAGAUUCUCCUAGCAUCGGCUCCCCGCCGGUUGCACAUUUCGAUAUACAUCAAAGCCCCCUUUCACGAAGACACCAUGAUUUCCUUGAUACUGCCGAUGCUCUCUCAUCAGAUGCAGAAGAUAUCGCUCAUUCCGACCGUCAGAGCCCUGAGAAGUCUCUAAACAAUACGAACGAUGGGCUGCCGAUCCUCGAACAAUCAGUCUCGCCGUCAAAAUCAGCGUCGCCUCCAACACUGUCCGGCUCAAAGAGAAAGUUUAGCGCGGCAGAAGAAGAGCUCACAUUUUCGCCGCUGCCUGUAACGAAUACCGGCUCAAUCGACGACGACUUUCAGUUUACCCGCGCAGUGGGUUCUUCGCGAACCCAUACCCAAAAUAUGGCCGUUGAGGUUAUGAAUGGACCUGUGUCACAAGCGAAGCAGCAACCUCCAAAGAAAGCAGCUGCUUCGAAGCGGAGGGCUUUGGAGCCGAAAACCACAAAUAUGGCAUCUUCAGUGAAGAAGCAUGGCAGGGAGGCAGUUCAGCUGGUUGAAGAUAAGCCAGAGAAACCGACAAAUAAACAAGGAAGAGACGAAAACUCGCACAACCCAGAACCAGCAAAGAAACUUUCACAAUCUCAAUCCGGCACUGCCAAAAAAGCAAAGCGAACAGUCACAGCUAUUAUACACGAGGAUGAGCCUGUCAAACCACUUGUAUCGACUAUACCUGAACCUGUGGAGAGUGGAUGCGUUCAGAAAAAGCUAUUCAACGCGGACGAGCCUGCGGUGACAGACUCGAUGCCUCUCCCGGGUCUCGGAUCACGCCCGUCCAGGCGUGCAAGAGGCGCAAUCAGCUACGCAGAGCCGAAUUUGCGUGACAAGAUGCGAAGAGCUACGAAUGAGCUUGUAGAUGCAGUGAUAAUUGCAGGUGGACGACGUUCUUCUACUACUGUCACGGGCACGAGUGGUCAAGAGUACGAUCCCGACAAGUCGACAUUGAACAACAUCCCCGAAGAAAACGAAUCGUCUAUUGACAAUAAGGCUGCGACUACCACAACCCAAGGAAUUGGUGAGUUACCAAAGCACAUGGUAACAAAGAGAAAACGAAGGACAUUAUCCGCGAGCACAAAUGAUAUUCUACGACUGGACGAUCCAGAGUGUGGAUUAGAUUCGAAGCAGGAUGGUCAAGUCCACAACUCAAGCGCCAUGUUGAGCCCUUCGGCCGACAAGAGCAUCACUACCAAUAAUACUACACAAGCGCAAACACGGCGACGGUCAGCCAAUCCUAAUUCGCAAUCUCGCCGACAUUCCUCAAACCCUGCAGUUUCUGACCGCGAAAAGCCCAAUUUAGAUGAUGAGACAUUCGAGAUUGAUAGUGAAUCCCACGACGAUAGUUUGGAGGAUUCUUUCAAGCAUAUCGAAGGAACGAGAGCCAAAACGACACGAGCUCUCACGGAAGAGAGCAGUAUUCUGCCAGCCAAGCGAGGUCAACGUGUUUCGGCAAGAAGACGGAGUAUGAUGGUAUAG